AUGUUAGCAUUUAUCCCACUCUGUUCGUCACUGAGCAUUUCCUAUCUCUCACUUUCUUUUUCUCUUUCCUUCUUUCUUUUCCUCUAUCUACUAUCUAAUUCCGUUCCUUUUCUAUCUAUCUAUCUAUCUAUCUAUCUAUCUAUCUACAGCCUGUUCAUAUCUAUCUACCGUAGUCUGUUCAUAUCUAUCUAUCUAUCUAUCUAUCUAUCUAUCUAUCUAUCUAUCUAUCUAUCUACAGCCUGUUCAUAUCUAUCUACCGUAGUCUGCUCAUAUCUAUCUAUCUAUCUAUCUAUCUAUCUGGCAAUGGAAACGAAAAUCUUUUUUCCACGACACCUGACUCGAUAUAGAUCCUUAUUAUCAAAGGGAACUACAGAUCAUCGUGAAUAUCUAUCUAUCUAUCUAUCUAUCUAUCUAUCUAUCUAUCUAUCUAUCUACAGCCUGUUCAUAUCUAUCUACCGUAGUCUGCUCAUAUCUAUCUAUCUAUCUAUCUAUCUAUCUAUCUAUCUAUCUAUCUAUCUAUCUAUCUAUCUAUCUCAGUCUGUAUCUAUCUGUCUUUCUAUCUAUCUACAGCCUGUUAUCUAUCUAUCUAUCUAUCUAUCUAUCUAUUUCAGUCUGUAUCUGUCUUUUUAUCUAUAUACAGUCUGUUCAUUAUCUAUCUAUCUAUCUAUCUAUCUUUCGUUAUAA